AGUUAAUUAAUAAUAGUACAGUUGAAGACUCCAGUAUGUCUCUGCAGCGUCUGACAGCGCUUCGAGCGCUCAUGGCGAGUCAGCCGACAGCGUUGACUGCGUAUAUAAUACCUACUGCGGACGCACAUAACUCUGAAUACAUAGCAUCAGUGGAUGCACGUCGUGAAUGGAUAUCAGGGUUCACGGGUUCAGCCGGUACUGCUGUAGUGACAGCUGCGCAUGCGCUAGUGUGGACUGAUGGCAGAUACUAUACGCAAUUUGAAAAAGAAACUGAUAAUAGUUUAUGGACAUUAAUGAAGAUGUCAUUGCCAGAAACAUUAACAAUGGAGAAAUGGUUGACGACAAAUUUAAUUGAAGGAGCAGUGGUUGGGGCUGACCCAAAAACAAUGAGUAGAGACGAAUGGACUCCUUUACAAACAGCUUUAAAGAAAGCUAAAAUGGAACUAAUCGCCGUACCUAAUAAUCUUGUUGACCAAGUGAGGGUUCAGAUGAAAGAUGGUCCACCAAAGAGACCUCAUAAUGAAGUUAUACCAUUGUCUGUUAAGUACACAGGCAAAGCGGCUGGUAAGAAGAUAGAAGAAUUAAGAGAGAAGAUGAAAGAGAAGAAAGCAUCUGCUUUAGUUAUUACCGCACUGGAUGAAGUUGCAUAUACGUUAAACUUACGUGGUAGUGAUAUCCAGUACAAUCCGGUGUUCUUCUCAUACCUGGUGAUCACCACUGACUCUGUCAAGCUGUUCUGGGGUGAUGGUACACUAUCCCAAGUGGUGAUAGACCAUUUGACGUCAGAAGGUGCGACAGUAGAAUGCAAACCCUAUGAUUGUAUAAUGGAGUACUUAAAUGAAUUGGCGAAAAAACUAUCAGAAAGUGGUGAUGGGACUCAUGGUAUAUGGUUGUCAAGUGACGCCAGUGAGGCCAUACAUAGAGCUUCUGCGGGGGAGACAGUUUUAAAGAAACCUUUGGAUUUAAUAUCAGAAGUAUCUCCGGUGGCAUUGACUAAGUUGGUCAAGAACGAAGUUGAAUUGCAGGGUUUUCGUAACUGUCACAUCAAAGAUGGGAUUGCUGUGGUCAGGUUUUUCAAAUGGCUCCACGAACAGAUCGGCAAAGGUUCUGAAGUCACUGAAGUACAAGCUGCUGACAGGCUAUUGGAAUUUAGAACAGAAGAAGAAGAUUUCUUGGGUCCAUCUUUUGAGACUAUAGCAGGUGCUGGGGAAAAUGGAGCUAUAAUACACUACAGUCCUUCCAAAGGGGGUGAGCAGAGAGUCAUAAGGGUAGACGACAUGUUCCUACUAGACUCUGGCGGACAGUACAGGGAUGGUACAACAGACAUAACGCGCACACGUCACAUGGGUGUGCCCAGUGCUGGGCAAAAGGACGCUUUCACACGAGUACUGAAGGGACAGAUAAUGUUGGGUAGUGCGGUAUUCCCACAAGGGGUUAAGGGUAACGUGUUAGACAGUUUUGCCCGCCAACAUCUUUGGAUGGCAGGUUUAGAUUAUGCUCACGGCACCGGCCAUGGGGUCGGACACUGUCUUAAUGUCCACGAAGGGCCCUCCGGAGUCUCCUGGAGGCCCUAUCCUAACGACCCGGGACUUCGCCCCAAACAGAUACUCAGUAAUGAGCCCGGUUACUACAAGGUUGGUGAGUAUGGCAUCAGGCACGAGGAUCUCGUGGAAAUCAUCUCCAUCACCAAGGAUUCUGAUCAUCCCAGGGCGCGAGGUCUGUUGGGAGAUUUCGAAGGUCGCGGCGCUCUCGGCUUCAACACACUAACUCUGGUGCCUCAUCAAAAGGAUUGUUUGGAUUUGAAUCUGCUUGAUGACUUUGAGGUGUCCUAUAUAAAUGCUUACCACGCCCGAGUCCUGAACACUUUAGGUCCUAUUCUAGAAGCUAGGAACCUUACGGAAGACUACGCCUGGCUCAAGGAACAAUGUACACCUAUUGUCAAAUAAUAGGUAA